CUUUUGUUUUUUUUUGUUUUUGACAUGUGGCGACUGUGAUGUUUAUUUGCAAGUUACUCAAUGAAGUAUUAAUAUCAGUAAAUUAGUGUAGGUUAUGACUCCAGUACACUCAUUAGGGCGAAGUGUCGUUCUCAGUGUAGGCACCGUGCAGCUGCACGCGCAGUGAUUCACUGUUGAAGCUGUAGUGUUCGGGACAGUGAGAGGAUGUCAGUGGGGGAAGUCCAGGUUACCCAGGCAUGGCUGCGUUCUCAAUGGCACAUCCAGGUCCCUCACGCCUGGCUGGACGCUUGCGUGAACUGGAUAAAGGAGGAAGCAGACAGCGAACCCGUGCCUCAGUCGCUGCUGAAUCAGCGCGUCCUGGAGCAAUGGCUGCUGACUGACCUGCGAGAUCUGUCCCACCCGGUGCUCCCCGAAAGAAUAUCCGAGGCACAGAAAACAGAACUAACCAGCUGUUACAGUCUUCAGAUGGACUCGCUGCUAGACGUCAGCCAGCCUGCCUACACGCAGCUGCAGCGUAUUCGGGGCACAGACUGCUCCAAUGAUCAAGUCUCGGCGGUUACGCCAGAGACGCAGCGGCCGUGGGAGGCCAAGCCCACGCGUAUGUUGAUGUUGCAGCUCACGGAUGGAGUGCAGAGUCUGGAGGGUAUGGAAUACCGGCCCAUCCCGACCUUAAGCACCAACCUGCCCCCCGGGACGAAGCUACAGCUAGUCGGUCCUAUCGUCGUCCGUCUCGGGGUGUUGCUCUUGAAAGCAGAGAAUGUGAAGGUGUUGGGUGGAGAGGUGGAACAGCUCUUGGAGAUUUACUCUCAGAGCAGAGUGCUUAGCGGGACACUCGGUUUGCCUGAGGAGAACCAUCCAGAAGAUGAGGAACUGGAUGACCAGGAGCUCCUGGCCAGCGUAGAGGCUCCAGUAGAUCAUCAGGUAGCUGACAGCGGCUACCACAGCAUGGCUUCAGUAGCCUCCUUCAGACCACCUCAAUCGCAACCCCGUCCUCAAGCGACGCCCGUUUCCAGAGAAGACGACUGGGAUAUGGAUGAAAUUCCAGAUGAUGACUUCAGAAGCAUUCCAGACGAUUUUGAUGGCGUUCCACAAAAUGCGGUGGACGAGGACUUUGAUGACAUCCCGUUAGAGGAGCUGGACAGUGUGAUGUCCCCGAUAGAUUCAGAAGUCAUGCCAAGCAGGCGGGAACACUCUGAAAUCAAGCACCCUGAUGUGAUCCAGCCCAACACAGAAGAACCAAGCCUUAUAAGUUUUCACUCCAGCACUAUGCUUAACAGCAGAAGCUUAAAUGAAGUUCCUGAUGCGUCUGUUGCAAACACAGUAGAGGAACCUGAUGCAAACUUACCCAACCAACACAAAACUAGAGAACCAAGCCAAACUUUACACUCUAGGAAUCUGCUUAGCCACGCCAAGCAAAGCAGAACCUUAAAUGAAGUUCCUCACACAUCUGUUACAAGAUCCUCUUCAAACACAGCAGGAUCUUCUGGUUGCGAACGAGAUGCGCCUACACCACCGUACCUCUGCAUGCUACAGGGUGGCCCCUGGCCGCCCGCCAGAGCUCAGGUUUUACGACUGCAGGCUUUCAUCGUGACGCUAGUAGGAAGUUUGCGCUGUAGUAGUGGCGUGUGGAAACUCGGGGCCACCAUAUCAGACGGAACCGGGUACCUGGAUGUGGAUCUGUCCGACGCCAUGCUCACCAAACUCAUCGGCUACACGGCGGCAGAGGCUCGAGUGCUGCGGAAGGACCCGGCGAGACGUGGUGAGGUGGACAGAGGGAUUCAGCACUGUCAAAGAGAGCUGGUGGAUAUGUGCUGUAUGAUGAGCGUGCAGGUGGAUCAGACGCGCAGAGGAGUCGUGUUGUGUGUCAGUCCGCUCUCUGACAGAGAGAGCUCCGAGAUCCAGAAAAGAGUGAAAGAGAGGAGGAACUGAGCUGUACUCCUUCUCUGGACUCUCUUUUAACCUAAUCUGGCUGUGUUCAUGCUGAUUCAGUCGGUAGUUUCAAUGAGGUUCUAGUCUGAAGAAAACAGCUUAUAAUGCACAUCACUCAUAUCCGUUACAAUUUCAGAACCCAACGUAUUCUGUUUUUUUUUUUUUUUGUGAAUCGUUUUGUUUUGUUAGA